GAUAGGGGGUUUAAUAGAGGGAAGGGUAACAGUAGAAAAUGUUUAAUGAAUGUAUAUUGGGCAGUAGCUUUACAAUAGCUAUUGGGAUCAUUAUGCAAAACACAGGUUUUUUGGGGGGGUUGAUCCGUUUAAGUGUCUCAGAUUUCAGUAUAGCAGCCAGUCAUUUAGUGCAACUGGACUGAAAUGAAUGUUAAAUCCAGUCACGGGUGUAUUGUAUAGGAGAGUGUGAGCAGACUAGAAGAGACACUGGGGCAGUAGCAGGUUUACCAGAGUCAGUCAGUGGAAUGGGAGGAGUUAAGCGUUGCUGCCGUGGCUGUGCAGCUUGUUGAAUGAUCUCACAGCCGCUCGGUGUCACAUUGUUUGUAGUUUGUGCAGAAGGAGGGAGCAGCUGAGGCAGAGACCUGCUGCACUAGCCUCGCUCUAAUCCUCCGCGUACAGCACUCUCCUCAUAUCCCGGGGAGGGAAAGGAAGGAAUCAGGGCCGCUCUCAAACCAUCCAGCUGCCUGCGGAACCGGGAAGAUGGCGGCUCCCAUCCCUACCAAGCCUGGCAGUGUCGGGGGAGGAAGCAAACCGUCCUCCCCUGAGCUGGAUUUCAGGUCCGGAGGCCGAAUAGAGGAAUUAAACAAACUCAUCCAGGAAUUCAGCAAGCACGACCAGAAGGAAUAUGACGAUCAGAGAGCUCUGGAGAUCCACACUGCUAAGGACUUUAUCUUCUCCAUGCUAGGAAUGGUACAGAAAUUAGACCAGAAGUUGCCCGUAGCGAAUGAAUAUCUUUUGCUUUCUGGUGGUGUUCGGGAAGGCGUUGUAGACUUAGACCUCGAUGAAUUGAAUGUUUAUGCCCGUGGAACAGAUUAUGACAUGGACUUUACGCUGCUUGUGCCUGCUCUCAAGCUCCAUGACCGAAACCAACCUGUUACGCUGGAUAUGCGUCAUUCAGCUUUGUGCCAUUCAUGGCUGAGUCUUCGACUCUUUGAUGAAGGGACUAUAACAAAGUGGAAAGACUGUUGCACAAUUGUAGACCAUAUCAAUGGAGCCACUAACUAUUUCUUUUCCCCUACAAAGGUUGCUGAUUGGUUUCAUGAGUCUAUUUGUAUUGUUCUGUCAGAAAUUCAGAAGAAACCUCAGCGUGGCAUGCCCAAGGUUGAGAAGGUUGAAAAGAACGGCACUAUUAUUACCAUAAUUUUAGCAGUGGGGAGCAGCCGCAUGAUGUAUGACAUUGUCCCUGUAGUGUCAUUUAAAGGAUGGCCUGCUGUAGCUCAAAGUUGGCUUAUGGAAAAUCAUUUUUGGGAUGGAAAGAUUACAGAGGAGGAAGUGAUUAGUGGAUUUUAUUUAGUUCCAGCAUGCUCCUAUAAGGGUAGAAAAGACAACGAGUGGCGACUGUCAUUUGCUCGAAGUGAAGUUCAGCUAAAGAAAUGUAUUUCUAGCAGCUUAAUGCAAGCAUAUCAAGCUUGUAAAGCCAUAAUCAUAAAACUUUUAUCAAGACCAAAAGCUGUUAGUCCUUACCACCUCAGAAGUAUGAUGCUUUGGGCUUGUGAUAGACUUCCAGCUAAUUACUUAGCUCAAGAAGAUUAUGCAGCCCAUUUCCUCCUGGGACUUAUUGAUGAUCUGCAGAAUUGCCUAGUUAACAAAAUGUGCCCCAAUUACUUCAUUCCUCAGUGCAAUAUGCUCGAGCACCUUUCAGAAGAAACGGUUAUGCUCCAUGCCCGAAAGUUGUCAUCAGUGAGAUCAGAUCCCACAGAACACCUUCAGACCGCUCUAGAGCAUGUCAAGGCAGCUAACCGUCUUACCUUGGAUCUCCAGAGGAGAGGGAGUACUACUAGCAUACCAUCUCCACAGUCGGAUGGAGGAGACAAUAACCAGCCUGAUGAUCGGUUAGCCAAAAAAUUACAGCAACUAGUGACUGAAAACCCAGGAAAAUCUAUCUCUGUUUUCAUCAACCCAGAUGAUGUAACUCGACCCCACUUUAGGAUCGAUGACAAGUUUUUCUAAGACCUACUGAUGGUUUAAGUUGACAAUUGAUGCGUAGUUUGUGUGAUGUCAUGUUUUUACAUAUCCAGCUUAGAUUGGAUCUGUUGGGAACAACAUGAAUUUACAUUUCCUGUUUCUGCAGGACAUUGCAUAUUUUGAAACAGUAUAUUACUAUUUCAUAUGCAGCUUUGAUAGUUUUUUUUUAAUUUUUAAGGGAGAACAUGAGCCUUAAUGAUCAUUUUAUGUUUGCAAUUGUCUAUUUAAUUUGUAUGCACAUUUCCAUUUUUUUUUUUUGGGCUUCCAUUGUUUUAAACCCACUUUAUAAUGAGAAAUAAUACUACUACAAUAUUGGACACUUUAUGAUUGUCUUGAAGAGAAAACUCUAUAGUCAGUGUUGUCAUUUUAGGGGUUAUAGAUUUGCCCAUGGUUCAUUCUCAUAUUUCAUCAUAUGACCUCACUUUAGCUUUUUAAAAUAUACAGAACCCAUUCUCAGGUGCCUCAAAGCCCAAAGACUUGUUUCUGUGUUGUAAAUAUUGGUAUUGACUGACAUUCUACAAGAUAUGCUAUACAGAUAAAGUCAGUAUGGAAGAGCUAUCGUACAGUUGAGUUUACUGCAGUGUGUUCUGCUAGAAUACUUCCUAGCUAUCACUGUGUACAAUUUAUGAGACUACUAUACACAACAGAAAAUGGCACUCCGAGAACAUAUUUUCUUUUUUAUUCCAUAGUUUAUUGGUACUUCUGGCCAGUGAUGCUAAUUGUAUGAUAUGUCCAGUGUAAGAUCCAGUUUAUAAUCAUAAUUUGUCUUUCAUUUUUGUGGAAUAAUGUAUCAGACCCUACACACGAAUGUCUUUAAUAACAUUGACACACAAACAUAAACACAUUGGCCGGCACACUUGGGCACGAGCACAUAUAUAUGCAAUGCGGGUACGAUGCAGCCGCCAUGUCUCCCAUUCUGUAAAUAUGGACCCUGUUUACUGCAUAGUCAAGAGUUAUCCGCACCAUUUAGGAACAGCUUUCACUCAUACUGUAUAUUAUGCAUAAGCUUGCUAAGAAAAAUCAGAGCUAAUUUUUAGUUUAAUGUUAGUGCCUAAAGUAAGAGGCACAUUUAUUAAUGGUUGAAUUUCGAAUUCACGUGAGGUUUUUUUUUUUUUUAAAACUCUAUUAAAUUCGAAUAUACUCGAAAUUCU